GUGCUUCUCUACCUCUGCACCUGAUGAGAGUUCACCCACGAGUGACGUCUAUCGCGAGCAUUGGCCAGCUUACUUUCGCAGGGCCUCGAUUCCACGUCGCUGGAUGGCAUCUUGUCAGCUGCUGCUCCCCGUCGGGCAGCGACAAUGUGCCAACGACCCGCGCGACAUCAAAAGGUCGUGAUGGAAUGCUGGCAAUGCCUCGCCAUGAGCGAAAGGCUGCACGAAAGUCUAGGUCUUUCAGGAGGAGACAGGCGCCCAUUACCCGAGGUCAGAGGAGAACGCUCCGCGAGCUGUGGCCGAAGUACGGGCUAGUCAUGGACUUCGAAAGAAGAUGGGAUUUCGACCAGAUAUUCGCGGCUGAGACCGGUGCAGCGGUUACGUUCGACAUUGGGUUCGGCUCGGGGGAAAGCUUGGUUGAAAUGGCAGCCAUGCGCCCCAAGGAGAACUUCGUUGGCAUAGAGGUGCACAAGCCUGGCGUAGCCGCGGCAUUGGCGCGGCUAGAGGCGGAAGGGCUGCCGAACGUGAAGAUCGCCCAAGGGGACGCGAUAACGGCCCUUGCCGACCACAUCGAAGACGGGAGCCUGAGUUCGUGCUGCAUUUUCUUCCCGGAUCCGUUUCCUCAGGACAGGGAUACGGAGAGGCGACUAGUACGGCCGCUCCUGUUGUCUCUGCUCGCCUCCAAGCUUCAACCGGGCGGGACCCUGCACGUGGCGACCGAUGUAGACGGCUACGCCGAACACACCGUUCGGGUCAUGUCGACGUGGACGCCCGAGAAGCGGCCAAAUACCGCGCGGCCGUCGUCGUCGACAAUGCCAUCAGGAACAGCAGCGGCAGAGGAUACGGAACUGGGGUUCCAACAACUUGGAGGUGUCCGUCGGGAAGAGCAGCGUCAGGGAGAGGAAAUUGCCGAUGUCAUGCGUGGAGGGCCCCAGCAGCAACAGCGGGCGGGGAGCAACGGAGACAGCGCUAGACUUGUUUCGGAGGUGUCGGCGUGUUGGGUAGGAGGGGAGACUGCGGAACGCCCCUCAUGGCGGCCUUUCACCAAGUAUGAGGAGAAAGCGCGCGAGGCCGGUAGAAGCGUCCGAGAUUUUGCCUACCGGUUAGAGUUGCCAGGAGCAGGACUUGAAGCGAAGAUUCCGGCCGGCACGUGAGCGAGGCGAUUGCUUUGCUCUCAACGUUUAUUUUAGCAAGAGUGCUGGAGAAUGCAGACGUGCUUCUGGAGGUGAUGGAUGCCCCUUGGUGGCCAUCAAAUCACGUGCUUGGUGUCGCUGGAUGGUGUGGGAGGACGGGACAUGCAAAAGUGCUGAUGCACCUUUGAAGUCGUCCUCGUCGUCACCCGCCCAAAGCAUGUGUCAUUUUCCGUCAGUACGGGUUUGAUUGUUUGCACGACAAGCCCUAAUAAAAGCCCGAGAAGGCCGGCGCUUUGCAGAGAGAGCCGUUUUCCGCACGCAACGUAUCUUCCGCACACCUAUCAGCGUUUGGGGAACUAAAGAGACACUGAAGAUUUGUUUGCAACUCAUCUUCACAUUGACUUCGGUGAGGAUUUUGUGCAGUUGAGAGGCAAAAUCUCAGCUAGGCUACAAGAG